CGCGCUCAGCUGACCGCGGCGCGCUCCCGGAGCAGAGUGUAUUGUCUUUAAAGUGAGUUCAGUUCAAACACAGCUCACCUGUGAGGCCAUGCUGUGCAGACAUGCAGUGGGAAAGUGUCUCCGUGUUGUUCUGUCUCCUCAACUUCACCCGAACUUCUUCAGAGGGACAUUUGAUCCGCGUGGAUGUUCGCAGAGCGGCGGGAGAGCUGCGACACUUCUGGAGGAGCUCCGGGUUCUGCCCCCCGCUCCCUCACACCCAGGCCCACCAGUUUGACCUGAGUCUGGACCAGCAGCUGAACCUGGCCUAUGUGGGCUCAGUCCCCCACGGAGGGAUCCAGCAGGUCCGGAUCCACUGGAUGCUGGAGCUGGUCUCUGCACAAGACGUUGGAGGACGACCUCAGUACGACUUCACUAAACUGGACCAGCUGAUAGAACUGUUGAGGGUUAACGGACUCCGACCAGGUUUUGAACUGAUGGGCAGCGUCUCCAACUACUUCACUGACUUUGAGGACAAAUCACAAGUGAUGGAGUGGAGAAAUCUGGUUUAUCUCACAGCCAAGAGAUACAUCGAUAAAUACGGCCUGGGAAGUGUUUCUCAGUGGAACUUUGAGACCUGGAAUGAGCCCAACAACCACGACUUUGACAACGUCUCCGUGUCAAUUCAAGGGUUUCUGAACUACUACGAUGCCUGUUCGGAGGGUCUGCUCGCUGCCAGCAGUCUCCUGAGGUUCGGGGGUCCGGGAGACUCGUGUCAUUCUCCCCACUCACCGUACUGCUGGGCCAUGCUGCAGCACUGCUACAACGGCACCAACUACUUCACCGGAGAGACCGGGGUCAGGAUCGACUACAUCGCCCUGCACAAGAAGGGGGGAGGCUACUCGUUGCCCAUCCUCCAGCAGGAGGUCCAGACGGUGGGAGAGAUCCAGGAGCGGUUCCCCCGGUUCCGCAGCCUCCCGGUGUUCAACGAUGAGGCCGAUCCGCUGGUGGGCUGGUCCAGGCCUCAGGAGUGGAGGGCGGAUGUGACCUACGCUGCCAUGGUGGUGAAGGUCAUAAACCAGCACCAGAACCUGCUGCUGGCCGACCCGAACAGCACCAUCAACUACACCCUGCUGAGCAACGACAACGCCUUCCUCAGCUACCACCCUCACCCGUUCACCCAGCGCACCCUGACCGCCCGCUUCCAGGUCAACAACACCCAGCCGCCUCACGUGCAGCUCAUCAGGAAGCCCGUCCUCACCGUCAUGGGCCUGCUGGCUUUACUGGGAGAGACCCAGGUCCUGGCUCAGGUUGUGAACUCGGCAGGAACCGACAACAGCACGGUGGGAGUUCUCGCCAGCAGCCACGAGCCCGUAGCGGCGAGCGGCUCGGACAGCUGGCAGGCCGCGGUGCUGGUCUACAACAGCGACGACAACCGCACCUCCACCGGCGCCGAUGAUGUCACCGUGUCUCUGAACGGACUGGCUGAGCUGAAAGGUCUCGUGUAUGUGACGUAUUACAUCGACAACAAUGUGACCAACCCGUACGAGCUGUGGCGGAGCUUCGGCAGCCCAGACUACCCAACGGCACAGCAGUUCAGACUCCUCAGGAGUGUGCAGGACCCUCAGGUUGACGGACCCUGGGACGUUCCUGAAGGGGACACUCUGACACUGAAAGCCAGACUGUCUGUGCCGUCCGUCCUCCUUGUCCAUGUGUGUGCUCAACCCAAAGCUGCACCAGACCAGGUUAAUGGAUUACGCUUCAUCAGGAUCACCAAAGGCCAAGUCCUGAUUGUCUGGUCGGACCACUGCGUUGAUUCCAAAUGCAUUAAGACGUUCGAGGUGGAAUUCUCCUCGGAGCAGAAGGAAUUCAGCAGAAUCAACACUCAGGACUCCAUCUUUACGUCUCACGUUUAUUCACCGGUGGACCAGGAGGUCAGCGGGGUGUACAGAGUUCGAGCUGUGGACUACUGGGGCAGACCCGGGUCCUACUCGCUGCCAGAGAGGUAUUCAGAGGAGCACUAGAACAAGGUCAAGUGUGUUCACUGUGUGUGAAUCAUUUUGUACAAUCUGAAUAUUUUACAGAGAUCAAUGUGCUGAUUAUAUAUUUUAAGGUCAUUAGUGAUGAAUUAAGUGCUGUUUGAUUCAUUAUAAACAUACAUUUAUUAUUUAUGCUCUCACAUUUCUGAUGUAUAGUUGUGGUUGGAAUUUCAGAUUCAUUUCAUUUUGAUUUUCUUCACUUACAGUAUUGGAUAAAAGUGUCUGAAUUCAGUAAUCAGCAGCUCAGGUGAGUUCAUUUCUGAAGCUGCUGUAGAUUCAUUGACUUAUGGAGAGUCGUCAUUAACUGACCUCACUGUUACAGAAACUGUUCAAUCUAAUGGUGCAUUCAUUAAUAAUCUGUUGUUAUCUGAACAGCCCUCGUAGAUUUUGGUCACUUUAUUGAACUGAAAUCUUACAAUAAGACACAAUUUCUUCAAACAGCCUGAUAACAAUAAGUGACUUUGUCUUAAAUUAAAGCACCAGAAGCUUCUUAUUUUUAUCUUAUUUUUUAUUAAAACAAUGAAAAACUAAACAGCUGCUUCAUUUCCAACACUGGGUUAGAGUGUUGUGCAAGUGCUCUUACUUUGAAAAUAAGGACAAUAAUCUUGUUCCUCUGCUGGGAUAUUAUGCAAACCGUUACUGGUUCAAUCGAGCUCAAUAUUAGCUGUAAUAAAGUUUGGUUAGGUAAAGUUAGAUAUAUUUUAUUAAAACCAAAUUCCUUUAUUAUGCAAAACAUUCUCAACACGAUUACUUUCCAUUUCCCAGAAACAAGGCUUUUCUUCUUUGCAGUGAUCUGAUUUUAAAUGUGUUUUAUUUUUUAUACUGUCUCAGAUCUUUGAACUAUUGUUUUUGUAUGUUUGUGGGUUAAAGUAAAAGUUGGACCAGUCUAA